AUGAAAAUCGCUAUCUUACUUAUACUCAGCUUAACUGCGUUUGGGAUAAGAAAUGAUGUGUACAAGUCAAUGUUCUUACAGCAAGACAGUGCUACAACUUCCACGACUAGUUCUGUGUCAUCAGCGGAAGCAUCUGCAUAUGUAGAAGAGGCAGCAUCUGAAGUUAGUUCAACAACUGAAGAAGCAAGUGAAGAAGCAGAAACAUACGUUGAGAGUGGAGAAGCAGAAGCUGAUGCUGAAGAAGCUGAAUCUACUGCUGAAGAAGCAGCUGAAACAACUGAAGAAGCAGCUGAAGAAGUUGAAGAAGAAGCUGAAACAGCUGAAGAAGAAUCUAGUGAAUCAACUGAAUCAACUGAAUCAACUGAAACAACUGAAACAACUGAAACAACUGAAACAACUGAAACAACUGAAACUACCUUUUUCAUUCAAGAAGAAAUUUUAAGCUACUCUGAAGCCAAAGCUGCUGCUCAAGAAUAUGUUGAAAGUGGAGAAGCCGAAAGCGACGCUUAUGCAGCUGAAGCAACUGUUGAUUAUUACUUUGAAUCUGGAGAAGCUGAAUCCGAUGCUGAAGCAACAGAAGCAGAUGCUGACCAAUAUGUUGAAUCAGGAGAAGCAUCAGCCGAUGCAGCAAAAGUUGAAGAAGCCGCUGAAGAGUAUGUUGAGAGUGGAGAAGCAGCACAAGAUGCCGAAAAAGCAGACCAAGCUAAAGAUGAAGCUGCUGAAGAUGCUGGUGAAGAAGCUGCAGAAUAUGUUGAAUCAGGAGAAGCUGAAGCAGACGCUCAAGAAGCUGAAGCUGCCGCAGAAGCUGCAGAAGCUGAUGCCGAAGCUGAUGCUGAAGCUGAAGAUGAAACUGCAACAUCUUUCGUACAACUUGAAGAAAUUUACAGUUACUCUGAACUUAAAGCUGCCGCUCAAGAAUACGUAGAAUCAGGACAAGCUGAAAGCGAUGCUCAAACAGCCUCAGUCGAAGCUGAAGCAUAUGUUGAAUCUGGAGAAGCAGAAGCCGAUGCUGAAGCCGCUGAAGCUGAUGCCGACCAAUAUGUCGAAUCAGGACAAGCAUCUGCCGAUGCAGCACAAGCUGAAGAAGCCGCUGAAGAAUACGUUGAAAGCGGACAAGCAGCAGAAGAUGCCGAAAAAGCUGAUGAAGCCCACGAUGAAGCAGUUGAAGCCGCUGGCGACGAAGCUGCAGAAUACGUUGAAUCAGGAGAAGCUGAAGCAGACGCUCAAGAAGCUGAAGCUGCCGCAGAAGCUGCAGAAGCUGAUGCUGAAGCUGAAGAUGAAGCUGCAACCUCUUUCGUACAACUUGAAGAAAUUUACAGCUACUCUGAACUUAAAGCUGCCGCUCAAGAAUACGUAGAAUCUGGACAAGCUGAAAGCGAUGCUCAAACUGCCUCAGUCGAAGCUGAAGCAUAUGUUGAAUCUGGAGAAGCAGAAGCUGAUGCUGAAGCCGCCGAAGCUGAUGCCGACCAAUAUGUCGAAUCAGGACAAGCCUCAGCCGAUGCAGCACAAGCUGAAGAAGCCGCUGAAGAAUACGUUGAAAGCGGACAAGCAGCAGAAGAUGCCGAAAAAGUUGAUGAAGCCUACGAUGAAGCAGUUGAAGCCGCUGGCGACGAAGCUGCAGAAUACGUUGAAUCAGGAGAAGCUGAAGCAGACGCUCAAGAAGCUGAAGCUGCCGCAGAAGCUGCAGAAGCUGAUGCUGAAGCUGAAGAUGAAGCAACCACAACUCUCUUCUUACAAACAGAAGAAGAAAUUUACAGUUACUCUGAGAUUAAAGCCGCAGUUCAAGAUUACAUAGGAUCAGGACAAGCUGAAACUGAUGCUCACUCCCCCCUCCAUGAGUGAGCAAAAACACUUCAUUGGAAAAUCCCUUAUUUUUUGGUUACUAGCACCUGUAAGCAAUCAAAAAAAAUUUUUUAAAAUCAUUAAUAUAUAUAUUGAUAAUUUAAUAUAAUUAAAAACCUAGCUAAUUCUAUUCAAUUUAGUAGUUUGCAUUCUAAAAUAUUAUUUUAAUAAAUUAAUUGCAUUUUACUUCAAUUUUUUUAAUUAUAAACUUAUUUAUAACCCUAUAUAUGAGAAAGUAAAAAAAUUAUGUUUCAGAGAUGGGGAGAGUCAGGAAGCUUCAGUUGCAAUUCAAAGCUAUGUUGAAUCUGGAGAAGCCGAAGCUGACUAUGAAGCAGCUGAAGCUGAUGCUGAAGCCUAUGUCUCAUCAGGACAAGCAGAAUCAGACGCAGCAGAGGCUGAGGCAGCUGCUGAGGAGUACGUAGAAUCUGGACAAGCAGCUGAAGAUGCUGAAAAAAUCGAUGAUGCAGAGGAUGAAGCAGCUAAAGAAGCAGCAAAAGACACUUAUGAAUACGUUGAUAGUGGAGAAGCAGAAGCAGAUGCUGAGGCAGCAGAAGAAGCAGCUGAGGAGGUAGAAGAAGAUAUCGAAGAUGAAACAGAAUAA